UGCAGAUACUUUAGUGUGUAUGAUUGUAGCCCAUUCUAUAUCAUCGGAGAUGUCGGUGGCUAGUAGUUCUUUGAUGGAUCCAAGUCAACUUGCUAUAAAUUUUUCAAAGGAUAAUAACUUGCGUAAUAUCUCCAAAAUUUAG